CUUCGGGUCGAGGCUAUGCGCAUGCCUGGUGCAGCAUUGCGCACGCGCUUUCCGCAGCUACUGUUGGCCUUUGACUCGCCGGCCGCCCUUGAGCCGGGCUGCGGGGCCCGGAACCCGGAUUACUCCAGCCCUUCCCGCCGAGGCAGAGCGGCAGUUAUGGCCAAGUACCUGGCCCAGAUCAUUGUGAUGGGGGCACAGGUGGUGGGCAGGGCCUUUGCUCGGGCCUUGCGGCAGGAGUUUGCAGCCAGCCGGGCAGCAGCUGACGCCCGGGGACGUGCUGGACACCAGUCUGCAGCUGCCUCCAAUCUCUCUGGCCUCAGCCUGCAGGAGGCACAGCAAAUUCUCAACAUCUCCAAGCUGAGCCCCGAGGAGAUCCAGAAGAACUACGAACACCUAUUCAAGGUGAAUGAUAAAUCCGUGGGUGGCUCCUUCUACCUGCAGUCAAAGGUGGUCCGAGCGAAGGAGCGCCUUGAGGAGGAGCUCAGAAUCCAGGCCCAGGAGGACAGAGAGAAAGAGCAGAGGCCUCAAACGUGACUACUGGGCUCCUCCCACCCCACCCUAUCGUCACAUCUAAUUUAUAGCUUGGUAAUAAAUGUCUUUUCCGCAUUU